UGUGACAUAGAAGAGGAAACUUUUUGCUUAUACUGGCUCUGUGACGUGCGGGCACCGGUUUUCGCACAGCACGCCACGAUGAGCGGCUAUCUGGAGGACCUGUCGGAAAGUCAACGGGCAGCUCUUGACCGGAUGCGGUCUGCCGUGGCGGACCUUCCCGGUGAGCGCACAGAUCAUUUCCUGCUGCGAUGGCUGCGAGCUCGAGACUUCGACGUGUCCAAGGCCGAAAAUAUGCUUCGACGGAACGUCGAGUGGAGGUCCGAACACAAGAUGGACAGCCUCGUGGAGGACUACCAAGAGUCCGAGCUGGUCCGGCGAUUCUUCCCUGGUGGCAUUUUGGAGUGCAGCCCCAAUGGGAACCCGGUCUUUCUGAUUCCUAUCGGCAACGUCGACAUCAGAGGAUUCCUGCAAAUCUAUCCUGCAGAGGAAGUCCGCCGCCACUGUGGAUACAUGCUCGAGAGCGGAGAACGCAUCAAGGAGCGCGUCUCCCUCACGAGGGAGCGACCGGUGGAGACCUUGUAUGUCGUCUUUGACUUCGAGAACUUCAGCCUACGACAACUGUACUCGUGGGAAGUCAUGACGUUGCUGACGGACCUCUUGCGGCUCUACGAGGACAAUUACCCCGAAACACUGGAGAAGUGCUUCGUCAUCAAUGCGCCGGGCUUCUUUCCGCUGCUGUGGAAGAUCGUUCGUCCCUUCUUGACGCAGAGGACGGUGGACAAGGUGCAUAUUUUCGGCAAGGACGGCUGGCGAGAGGUGUUGCGGGCCCACUUUCUCCCUGAGAAGCUACCGAAGCACUGGGGUGGUGACAUGCUGGGUCCGGACGGUGAUCCCCGCUGCACGGACAAGGUGUGCCCAGGUGGCGAGGUGCCGGCGGACUUAAAGAUCAGCGCGGACCUUUGCAGCCAGGUCAUCUUGAGUCGGGACUCUUGGAAGCUGUGCGUGCCCGUUCAACAGUCAGAGAGUCUGCUGCGCUGGAGCUUCCACGUGCAACGAGGGGAUCUGGCCUUUUGCUUGCGCUACCUGCCUCCUGAGGACGACGAAAAGCCAGAGGAAUCCGACAAGCCACUAACAAAACCUCAACGCCUCUCAGGGAAGCAGCAAGGCAGCUUCCUUUGCGAGAAACCGGGCACGUACGUGCUGGAGUUCGACAACUCCUUCAGCUGGCUGACCAGCAAAAGACUGGCGUACAGCGUGGAUGUGCAGCCUCCCGACCAGUCACACUGAGGGAACUCCGCCACCGCUCCACCAGGCGGCGCGCCGCUGCCUGAACACGCGACUACACACGAACGGCACCAAGAUCCUGGUUGUACCGGGGCUCGGUACUCAUAAAGGCGUCACUGGCAGCUUGAGAAAAGUUGCAGACUGUGACUUGUUAUGUUCAA